AUGCAAACUCCAGUUGGAACACCCAUUGAAACAUUCGAAAGAACUCCAAUCGAUACUUUUUCUGAGACAAUACGUGAAACACCACUUAGAACAGUAUAUGAAACAUUAAUGGAAAAUCCAAUUGCUUCUAAUACAAAGUCAAACAACUCAAAUGGAGCUGACUCAAGUUCUUCAUCAAAAACAAAGAGUAGUAAACUCAUUAUUAGUAUUGCAUCAAUUUGUGCUCUAAUAUUUAUAAUUACAGCAAUUGUUUUAAUUUUCUACUUUAAAAAGAAAAGAGAAGUGACAUCAUCAUCUAAUAGCUAUUCAACUUAUGUAAUAACAGAAACAAUUAAUAAUCAGGGUAUAAAUUCAAAUCCUUCAAUUUCAUACGAUAAUCCAUUAUUCUUAACAGAUGUUAAUGAUAAUAGCGAUCCAUUUAGAAAUGAUUUUGCUGAAGAUACUGAUGUAAGUAUUUACACAACAAAUUAUUAA